AUGCGUGUCAAUGUUGGCGGUGAAGCCAAGACUCACGAGCUAUGGAGCGCGCAGCACCGUUGGCCAUCUCGUCACCAGGGUGUCUGCUCACAAUGCGAUCCAAAUCGUCACAGCCAGAUAGGCUUCACUAGCCUCAACUCCAUGCCUUGUCGCGCGACAGCACAGGUGAACGGAGUCCCCGCGUGGAGGCAGCGCCAGCUCGCUGACCUCUGGCCCGACUAG